AUGACGAUGUUGAUUGCUUCGCUCUGUUUUGCACUGAUGGUGAUUGUGGUGCAUGGGGCAUGCCCACAAAUCAUUACUAGAUCACAAUGGGGAGCACGGGCUCCAACUGGUAUCACCUACCUCAGCAAUCAACCGGUUCAGUACGCCUUCAUCCACCAUGCCACUGGCAACAACUGUCAUGACCGAGCCUCGUGCCAGGCGCUGGUCAAAAGCUACCAGAAUUACCAUAUGGACACGCAUGGCUGGGCAGACAUUGGCUACAGCUUUAUUAUUGGCGGAGACGGGUCGGUAUUUGAGGGGCGUGGCUGGGACAAGGUCGGUGCACACACUUCAGGCUACAACAGCGUUGGAUUGGGAUUUUGCCUGACCGGUGAGUUCACAAGCGUGUUGCCUCCCAAAGCACAACUGGACGCUGUCCACAACCUGAUAGCUUGCGGUGUCUCCCUGGGGAAACUGAAGACCGCCUACACCUUGAGAGGACACAGAGACAUGGGAUCCACUGAGUGCCCAGGAACCAGACUGUACCAGGAAAUCAAAACUUGGCCUCAUUAUUGA